AUGAAAAUGCAGAACCUCAAACUGCAACUACUCUUACUCCUCUCAAUUUCAACCUGUCAUGCUGUUUUCUCCUUCACUGAUGGGUUGUUGCCAAAUGGGAACUUCGAGCAGGGCCCAAAGCCAUCGCAGUUGAAAGGGUCCGUAGUGACUGCGCACGAUGCCAUUCCUAAUUGGACAACUUCGGGGUUAGUUGAAUACAUAAAAUCAGGACAAAAACAGGGUGACAUGUUGUUGGUUGUGCCUGAGGGAGACUAUGCAGUUAGACUUGGCAAUGAAGCUUCCAUUAAGCAGAAGAUGAAGCUGAUUAAGGGGUUUUUCUACUCCAUCACUUUCAGUGCCGCUAGAACCUGUGCACAAGAGGAGAAGCUCAACGUGUCAGUGGUACCAACCACCGAGAAGAGGGACUGGGGCAUUAUCCCCAUUCAGACUAUGUAUGGUAGUAAUGGUUGGGAGUCUUUUACUUGUGGGUUCAGAGCAGAUUUCCCAGAAGGUGAAAUUGUCAUCCAUAACCCUGGCAAAGAAGAGGACCCUGCUUGUGGUCCACUCAUUGAUUCCGUUGCCCUCAAGGUUUUGUACCCACCUAAAAGAACCAGAGCCAAUUUGCUGAAAAAUGGAAAUUUCGAAGAAGGGCCAUAUGUGUUCCCUAACUCGUCUUGGGGGGCUUUGAUCCCACCCCAUAUUGAGGAUGCUCAUAGCCCUUUGCCAGGAUGGAUAGUUGAGUCUCUUAAGGCUGUGAAGUACAUUGAUUCUGAUCACUUUGCUGUGCCUGAGGGAAAAAGAGCUAUUGAACUUGUUGCAGGGAAAGAGAGUGCCCUUGCACAGGUUGUGAUCACUACAAUUGGUAAGGUUUAUGACCUCACUUUCGCUGUGGGUGAUGCCAACAAUGCAUGUGAAGGUUCCAUGAUGGUAGAAGCAUUCGCUGGCACAGACACUGUCCAAGUUCCAUAUCAAUCCAAGGGUAAAGGAGGUUUUGUCAGAGGCAAACUUCGGUUCAAGGCUGUGUCAACACGUACACGUCUAAGGUUCCUAAGCACCUUUUACACCAUGAAGAGUGAUAACUCUGGUUCUCUAUGUGGACCCGUCAUAGAUGAUGUAAAAUUGCUUGGUGUUCGUUAUCCCACACAUGCUUGA